AAUAUUUUUAAGUUCUGGGGUUGACAAUUCAAUCUCGGACUCGAUAAGGUCCUGCUUACUCGUUAUCCUGAUCCGAGUCUACGUAAUAUCGUCCGAUCCAAGCACCAUGAUAGUUAAAACUUCAAUGAAUAGCCUAGUAAGCCAGCGCUUCAGCCUUGCAUGCGCGAAGACUAGGCCCUCGACCAUGUAACUAUAAAUCCAGGGUCAGUCUCGCUCUCUUCAAUCAACUAGUCCACAAUGUACAUCCCUCCAUUCAAUACCACUUCCUCCUCGACCUACACCCAAUCACCCAAUCCAUCCUGGACAUAUGGCCAGAGAGUCGAUGCCACUCCUGCCGGAAAAGACUGGCUUGCAGGUGAAUCUGCAGGGUGGAAAGUCUAUGACACAGCAGAAACAGACAGAAUCAAUCUCAACAAGCUCUUGAAUUCAGGCGUGUUACCACGCCCCAUGGCAUUGGUCUCCACAAUCAGCGAUGAUGGCGUAGAGAACAUAGCACCCUUCAGUUGGUUCAAUACAGUCACCAACUACCCGCCCGUCAUCUCGUUCGCAAUCAACCACAAGUCCCCGGGCCACCUAAAAGACACGACCACCAACUUGAGGAAUGGCAAAGGAUUCGCCGUGAAUAUCAUCAGCGAGGCAUUCGUAGAGAAUGCAAAUGCAACUGCUAUAGACGCUCCUCUCGGCUUCGACGAGUGGACUCUCAGCGGUCUGACGAAGGAGAAAUGUGUAUGCAUGCGCCUUGACGAUACGGUGCAGAUAAGAGCCUCGCGCGUCAAGGAGAGCGCUUUUAGCAUGGAGUACGAGCUUUACAAAUCAAUAAACAUCACGCACCCAGUCACAGGCGAGCACACCAGCACGCUCAUCCUCGCGCACGUCAAGUACUUCCACGUGCGCAAAGACAUGCUCACAAUCAAAGGCAUCGUCGACCUUACAAAGUUCAAGCCUGUCUCCCGUGUGGGCGAUAUCUCAUAUGCCCGCGUUGGAGAUGCGUACAGGAUCGCUGUUCCAUUAUGGGCGCGGGAGGAGGCGAAGAUACAGGAGGCAUUGACGACGACUCUCGCAUCAGCAUGAAAUAGAACGAAGGAACCAUUUUUUUUGGUAACAUAUACCAUAGAUCAUAUGCGAGACGGGCACUGAUAGAGUCUGUUGCCAUUUCUUAUCCCUGAACAUAAACCUUUAUAAUUCACUAGCAGGCCUCGAUAUAUCCUACUUUCUGCAUCGUAAUGAUCAUGACUAUCCAUCAGGAAAAAACAAAUAUCGGUGUAGUCCCAGUGACGGCUGCAUAGUGCCACCUCGUCACUGUAUGAUAUUUAGCUGAAAUCAGGGCUAUAUAGAGCUACAGGAGGCGCUUGUAGUCAUUGUGGUCUAAAUUGUAGUGCUAUUUUAUUCCCGCUACGGUAUCAAUGACUUGUACUAAGGUG